CUAUACAAUAUUCAUUGGUGUUAAAUGGACGUAUCCUCAGCGCUAAUUAUGAAAAAUGACGCUUGAUAUUACACGAGAAAGUUAGACAGUGUGGUAUAGAGGGGAAAAAGUCGAAGUCAAUAUUGUCAGUUGUGGAGAUUGGUUAGAUAACUGCUGAGUAAGCAUGAUGUGGUUAAAUCAUCUUUUAUUAAUUUCAUGGUUGAGCGGUUGUUCAUUUUUCCAAGUAAAACGUCAACAAGACUCCGAUGUUGUAUCCGACAGUGUCAUUGGUGGAGUGUGUGGACAAGCAUCAUCAUGCAUAUGUCCAAACCAGGACAGUCUUGGAACUACUUUUUUCUCUCCGGCAGGUGCCGACAUGUGUGUUAAUGAAAUAUCAGAUUGCAACUUGCUGGUUGAAGAUGAAGACAACAAACUUCACAAAUUAUUUGCAGUAAAGGUCGGAUCUUCUUCGCAGAUGUUACACUCCAUCACAGUUGUCACUGGAAAUGCUAGUGUUUCUGUGUGUUCAAACGACAAUCCUGUCGCGUCACCAAUCUUUGUUCGUGAUAAUCUAAACACACUGGUUUGGAACGCCAAUUGGUCACCAGAGUUCAAAAAUCGCGUGGUGUCUGAGAAGUUUGGAAACAAAGUGAAGCUAAAUAUGAGCACCCACUGGAGUGGUUUACUCGUAAAAAUUUAUAUUUCCUGCGGGACAGAAGAACAGUGCGUGGCUGUCAAGUUUUUGGGUACACAAGAAUAUCCGUUACAAGAACAAGCUGUGUCCACCAUUCUUGGUUCACGCUUACCUGAAAAGACAUCUGUGAUCAACAGUUUAUCAUUGAGUGUAGCAUCACUACCUAAAAGUCGAAUUUCCUCCACUGCAACAUACACUAGUAUGUCUUCUGAGACGAUAACGCCGUCAACCCAGGAUUUGUCAACUUCAUCUCUGAAAACACAGUCGGCAAAGUUAACGACACUUACAGCGUCAAUGACGACAGAAAGCCCCGCCAAACAUAAAUCAUCAUUUGAAACAAUGUCUGAAACGCCUGCAGCAACGUCGGUAAAAACGCCUGAAGCAACGCCGCCAGCAACGUCAGCACCAACGUUGCCGUCAUUCUCAAUAAAAUCGUCAUCCCUCGAACCCGUGUUAGCCACACCUUCAUUAAUUCUUACAACUGCCAAGUUCACACACAACUUUGAAAGUAUAAACCCAACCACUUCAACAACACAUACGAAUCAGGUUUCAAGUUCGACCACGGUGGUUAUACCAAAGCAAGACAAAUUGUUGGAUGAUGACGAUGAUAAUAAGUUUUUAGAGAUAUUCAUCAGUUUGAGCGUAGCUUUGAUUUUAAUCAUCAUAAUUCUCUUCAUUGUAUGGUUCUGUAAGAGGAGAAGACGUAAAAUCAAGAUGGAGGAGGAACGACGAAGGAACAGAUUAAGAGUGGAGUAUGCAUCUAUAAAAUAUUUAAACAACAGCGCAAACGGCUCGAUCUCCUCCGCUGCUGCUGUUUUAAAUAGCGCGAAAGCCCUCUCUACGAAAGGACUAAUCGAGGAAGAUGUGAUGAAGAGCAAUCCAACGUUCGAGUUGAGCGAUAGAAGUUCAGAAGUCUCUCCUACGCAUUCCGACGGCACGCUGCGAGAAUUAUCACCUUUGCCGGACGAUAAGCCCAUGUACGAUGUGAUUGAAACUUCAAUAUACGACAACCCAGGGUAUACUAGUGAAGACGAUCCAAAGCUUGAAAAGAGUGAGUACCCAUCAAAUGAAAUGGUAGAUGAUGAUACCAUGUUUCAUUUUAACCAUGAAGAUACCGGUCACGUAGAAAAAGUACGGAGGCACUCCUUAGAACCAAUACAAGAACAUUCGUAUAAUAUCAUAUAAUUGAGCUAAAUUCCAUGCUUCAUAACCACCGAAAUUUAUUCUUCUUCAUAUUUUCAAGCAGCACAGAAGAAUAGUCACAAACGAACUUAUCUUUAAAAUGACGCAGUGUCGUGCUAAGAAUGGAACGCAUACUACAAAGUUUUUAAUAAAUUACUUUUUUAUAUUUUAAGCGAAUAAAAAGUAGGAUGCUAUAAAAAAUGAUAAAGGAGUUCCGUUGAUAAAUUGUAUAUAAAAGAAUCUAGUUGUUAUAUGGAUGGGUCAUAGAUGACGUCAUCAAAACACGGCCCGGUAACAGGAUUUUUCGCGGCCUAUUAAACUAGUAUCAUAGAAAAUAGACAAAGUAAUCAGA